AUGCGCCGCUGUCAACCUGUGGGCGCUGCUUUCGCCAGCGCACCGUCUCGUAGCGAGGCGCUGUCGACUUCGAGUUUCGUGGCUUACUGGGCACGCUCGGGAGCCCCGGAGCCAGCAAACCGACGACGCCUGUUACGGAUACGUUGCAUGCCCGAUGCAGCUCCGUUCGUGGUGCUGCGGACGAAACACUGGCGACUCCGCCACUGCUCAGGUCGCUCUCGUAUCGAGGCUCUCAACGCCGAUGUUACCGAAUUGCAUCAACUCAAAACGCCUACGACAUGCUCUCCUGAAAUGCCUGAAUAUCCAGUCGACUGGUCUGCUGCGGAUGAGGAUGACGCUCACGGGCACCUACAUGGAAGCAGGACUGCUGCUCAGCGUGGAACGAAGCAGUGCGUAGGCGCCGGACUGGAGACGACUCAUCCUGCAUCUUGUCAGCAGCGCAUCAGAGCGCAAGACGCUCCAUGCGCAACCACAAGCCCCCGAGCAGCAGCGCUCGUGAUGCGAAUGAUCAGGACACACUUGGCAGCUAUGUUGGCUAUACUGGGCAUUGCGCAGCAGCGGAAGCAGCAGCAUGAACGCCAGUCCAUUCGGGACUGCGUAUCUAGGAUGAGUACCGCCUAUGCGAAGUAUCAAGCGGCGUCGAUUCUUGGCUUUGCGCAGCGCCCACCAGUUCUUACAACAUCCGGGGAGCACCGUCCCUGCUGCCUGGGAUCGUGCAGCGAUUCAAUCCUCGGGUCAGACGCGGUGGCGGACAGCACGAACGACUCACUGCCGCAGUGGCUACGCGCAUGGCGCGGCGGGCGCUCGUGGAGGGCCAACCUACACGUUCCAACAACGGCAGCGAACCUGCAGGAUACCGGAAAGCAAUCCGGGCUAUCUCGGGAACUUGUCGUUAUCUCGGAACGGCUGCUAGAGCGAGGCCUAGCCACGGGACGCUCAACCGCACUCGAAAUCGAGUCGAAACGAAGGGCAAUCUCUUCGCUGUUGCAGCGCUACACCGAGACUACAGACUCGCCGCAGGGCUCGGAAACCUCAACUGGGUGCGUACCGAGUUUUCGCAUGGAGGCAGGUAUCACCAGGAGCGAGCAAGACGCGUUCGACGAGCGCACCAGCCGCAGUGGUACCGCCAGACGCCGCGACGACUGGUAUGUGCCGGCUUCAGCGCGUGCAACACGAACCCGGAACCCCAUCCGCGAACUCGUCCAGGGAUGGAAACGCUCACCAAACCCGUCACGCGAACUCAUUGACCUUUCCAUUGGCGAUCCAACCGCUUACCGGAACCUUGAGCCUCCAUCGCAUCUCUUGGAAUAUUUCGAAGGUGUGUUGCGAAGUGGGCGCUACCACGGUUAUACGCACUCCACAGGCAUGGAGGAUGCCCGCUCAGCGGUGGCGGAACAUUUUAACCGCCGACUCGGUCGAAAAGCUCUAAGCUCGCGUGAUAUCUUCCUGACAAGUGGCGUCUCAGGGGCGUUGGAACUCGCUCUAUCGGGCCUCCUGAACGAGGGCGAUAAUAUCCUGGUGCCGUGUCCGGGAUUCCCGCUCCUGCGCACCAUAGCCGAAAACCUGGGCGCUUUCGUCCGAGAGUAUCCACUGCUUCCUGAACAAGGUUGGAAGAUUCAUCUGAGCCGUCUGGAAGCAUUGGUCGAUCAUCGAACACGCGCCCUGGUGGUGAAUAACCCAAGCAACCCGUGCGGCUCGGUCUGGGAUGCCGCGCAUAUCACUGAGAUCCUCGCUGUCGCUGCCCGGCUGCGUCUACCGAUUCUAAGCGAUGAAGUCUACGCGGACAUGGUGUUCCCGUCAGUUUCCUUUCAUUCAUUCGCUGCGCUCAGUCGAGAGGUACCCAUUGUGACCGUCGGGGGUCUCUCGAAACAAUUCAUUGUGCCUGGAUGGCGACUGGGAUGGGUUGUUCUCCAUGAUCCAGUGGGCGCUCUAGAUCGCUGCGGCUACCGUGAUGGGUUACAGCGACUCACCACGCGGAUGCUGCUCCCGAACGCACUCGCUCAGGCGGUGGUCCCGUAUGCGUUGGGCGAAGAAGCCCUGCGGAAGGCUUUUCUCGACGAUUUGAUGCUGCACUUGGCAAGCAAUGCUUCGCUGUUCACGGAAAAGCUGCGAGCGGUGCCUGGAUUACGCUGUAUCAUGCCCCAAGGUGCGAUGUAUAUGAUGAUUCAAGUAGACUGUUCUCGAUUUUCAUCCAUCGCGAAUACUAUGGAAUUCUGUCAACAGCUCUACGAUGCAGAGAGCGUACUAGCGUUGCCAGGCGAGUGCUUUGGUGCUGAGGGCUUUAUCCGUGUGGUCACGUUCCCGCCACAGCGCAUCAUCAUCGAGGCCUGUGAACGGAUCAAGCGCUUCUGCACGAGUCGAUGUGAAAAGUAG